UAAAAAGCUUUCAUUUAUUUUUUUUGGUUAUAAUUAAUAUGGUUGUCUAUUUUUUAUACGUAUACAAAUAGAAUGCUACAAUUUGAAAUAGAAAAUGACCUAAUAUUAAAUAUUAAAUAUGGUUUAUUAAUAAUAAUAAUAAUAAUAAUAAUAAUAAGAAGAAGAAGAAGAAGAAGAAGAAGAAGAAGAAGAAGAAAUAUGGGGGGGAAGGCUCAGGCUUACGCAUCGCAGAGGUUUUAAAAUUGGCGGUCUCCUCGUGCGUCCCAGCAUCCCUUGCGUCCGCAUCUUCGGCCAGCUCGCGGCGUGAGUGGACGAUGCGUUUCUGUUCCGGCUACACCUGCUCAGUCCAGCCGGAAGUGCAGCGCUAUUAAUCCUGAAGUAUUAAUCCUUCUUUACCUGGAGGCAGAAGAGGCGAUAUUAGUUUGCUGCGUUCGCGGGGAAACGCGUUUGCGCGCCCCAUCUGAUGGAUGCGUCGUGUUAGUGCGCGGCACGCGGUUAAUGCGGGGUCAAACACACUUCGUCGGCUCCCUGCAAGUUGGGCUUAUUGUUGUUUUCUUGCGCUGAAGCGUUGAGGUCUGUGCGACUCAAACCUGCAAUGGGAUGCUGCGGUAGCGCAGAGAGGGUGAAAAGAGAAUGGAAACCCUUGGAGGACCGAAGCUGCACAGAUCUCCCAUGGUUCCUUCUAUUUAUGCUCUUCUGCGGGGGAAUGGGCGCUAUCUGUGGCUAUACUAUAAUGACAGGUGGUGCAGCACGCCUGGUGUUUGGAUAUGACAGCUUCGGUAACACUUGUGGCCACCUCAAUGAGGCCAUAGCAGGGGUCAAGUUCAGCGGCUUGGACCAACAAGACAGAAAAUAUGUGUUCUUCCUGGACCCAUGCAACUUAGACAUAAUUCAACGGAAGAUUAAAUCAAUGGCAGUGUGUGUGUCAAUGUGUCCUCCCGAGGAGAUGAAAACCUACGAAGAUCUAAAGAGAUUUGCCAUGAUGAAUGGCUCAGAGCUCUGCAUCUAUGAUAUGGCUGCCCAUAGGUACCCAAGCCUUCCGGAGCGCUUUGAAAAAUGUCCUAAACUUCCAGUUCCACAGAGUAAAGCUCUGCCGGUGUUUAACCGCUGCACGCCCGUGGACAUUUCCUGCUAUUCUAAGUUUGCAGAGGCAGUGGUGACGUUCGUCAGUGAUAACACCAUACUCCACAGGCUGAUCGCUGGGGUGGUGGCUAGUAAAGAGAUCAUUGCGGGGCUUUGCUUGCUAGCGCUGGUGCUCUCCAUGAUCCUGAUGGUGAUUAUUCGCUACAUCUCUGCAGUCCUGGUGUGGAUUCUCACUGUUCUUGUGGUGCUGGGCUCACUAGGAGGCACCAGCUUUCUGUGGUGGUUAUAUAUAGACCACAGGCUGACGAUGAACGAGACUGUGACUACAGAUUUAAAGGAAGUAAAAGAAACAAACGAAGAGACUGUGGCUUCCAAAGACCACGUGCAAGGACUGCUGGUCUAUGCCACCUCAGCAACUGUGUUCACGGUGAUCUUGCUGUUGCUGAUGCUGUUCAUGAGGAAGCGAGUGGCUCUGACCAUCGCUCUGUUCCACGUGGCCGGGAAGGUGUUUAUUCACCUGCCGCUGCUGGUGCUGCAGCCUUUCUGCACCUUUCUCGCCCUCUUCCUCUUCUGGGUCUACUGGAUCCUAGUACUCCUCUUCCUCGGAACCACUGGAAACCCACAGAAGAACGAGCAGACAGGUCUGGCUGAGUUUCGACUGAGCGGCCCGCUGCAGUACCUCACCUGGUACCAUGCUGUGGGUCUCAUCUGGAUAAGUGAGUUCAUCCUGGCCUGUCAGCAGAUGACCGUGGCUGGAGCUGUGGUCACAUACUACUUUACCAGGGACAAGAACAAGCUCCCUUUGACGCCCAUCCUGUCAUCUGUGUUUCGUUUGAUCCGUUACCACCUGGGCACUGUGGCCAAGGGCUCUUUCAUUAUCACCCUGGUCAAGAUCCCGCGCCUCAUCCUCAUCUACAUCCGUAAUCAGCUCAAAGGAAAGGAGAAUGCAUGUGCACGCUGUAUGCUGAAAGCGUGUAUUUGUUGCCUGUGGUGUCUGGAGAAGUGCCUCAAUUAUCUAAAUCAGAAUGCGUACGCAGCGACGGCCAUCAACGGCACCAGUUUCUGUACGUCGGCACGUGAUGCAUUUGUGAUCCUGGUGGAAAACGCUCUGAGGGUUGCAGCCAUCAACACCAUAGGAGACUUUGUGCUUUUCCUUGGCAAGGUCCUGAUCAUGACAUGUACAGCUUUUGCGGGAGUGUUGGCUCUGAACUAUCAGAGGGACUACACGGAGUGGGUGCUGCCACUCAUCAUCGUGUGCCUGUUCGCCUUUCUGGUGGCCCACUGCUUCCUGUCCAUCUUCGAGAUCGUGGUGGACGUGCUGUUUCUCUGCUUCGCCAUCGACACCAAAUACAACGACGGCACACCUGGCAAGGAGUUCUUUAUGGACAAAGCCCUUAUGGAGUUUGUGGAGAACAGCCGGAGGUCAGUGGCGCCGGCAGAACGGGGACGGAGCAGCAAGCGAUCUCGCUCUCGUCAGGAUUCGGGGCUGACUGAGAUGAAGGCCAUGAAAUCUGCAUUCAGGAUUGGUUGGUGGCGUUAAGCUUCUCUAGUCAUGGGCUCCUGGAACAAGCUCAGCUUGACCAAAAGCCGGCCAUGGGACUUUUUAAAGACAUUCCAAAAUGUUUAUUUUUACCAAUGUGUAACAUGUUUACUAUGGUUUCACUCCAGGGAAUACAAUAUUUUAAUAAGAAACUGUAAAAAAAAAAAGAAAUAACAAUGUAAUGAAGCACUUUAUAUUGAAGCGCUGCAUAUUUUAAAAGGCUGAUGCAUUUUUCGUAGUGAUGUCCUUUUUUAUAAGACUAAAAAACAAUUGCCAUCUAGUGAAACACAGUAUUAAUAAUGUCUAGAAUCACUGUUUUUAUUAUGUAAAAUUUUCAUAACAGACUUUUUUCUUUUUUCUUAAAUGGGUUUCUUGAGGUUUGGUAGAAACCUUUGUGUCAUGCAGCAAUGAAGGACUUAAUUGGGUUUUAUUUUUCAGUUGUUUUAACUCCUGACACUAACACUGAAACAUCUGUACAUCAUUUGCUCUUGUUGAUAUUUUUAUUACACCCAGUCACAUUAUGGAUGUGUAUUUGGGAGGAAGAUUAGAGGCUGAGUUUUCUUGUUUUGUUUUGUGCCUCAAUGUUAAAGCAUUGAUCCCACCCACCCCAAAAGAAAAAAAAGGGUUCAGAUUAGAUUUUAGAUCUGAUUGUUUCUACAUAUGGAAGGGAAUUGCUUUACCUAUGACUUCUUCCUGAGAGGAUGAAACCUAAUGAUGUAAACAUCUAAACGAAAGUUGUUUGAAACUUUCCGGCCAGUGACAGCUGUUAUGCUACGAACGUUACUGGGCCUUCUGUUUGUUUGUUUUUUCAGCUAUAUGUUGAUCUAAAUACGAAACAUCGUUUGAGAUUAGGUACUGAUGUUAAUUAGGAUAUUAAAUGCAAACACUGAAUUAGCAUUUAGACUUUGAGAAGCUGGAUACGUACCACCCAGGAUCUUGAUGGCCAUCUUUGUAUAGUUUCUUAACCCCAACAUUUUUCACAGCUGAGCUGCAAGUCUUUAGCUACAGCAUCACAUAACCCUUCAGGCUUAGAUUCACAUUUCGAGUGCUGGUUUUAAAUCAGAUUGCUUGCAUGUUUCUACUCUGACCCAAUUGUAGAUUUGUGCUCCAACUUUUCUUGAAUAUCAGCCCAGGACCUGGUUUCCUGAAUGUGUCCAGGCACAAAGCUUGUUUUUGAUUAUCCUACUAUAAAUGAAUGGCCCUUACACAUAUGUAACAGUGUGGUGCUUUUGGGACACCAGGCCCUGGUCUCUCCUUAAACACAGGGUGAUUUUUGUAGUCCCUCCUUCAGCCUAUGGGAAGAGAAAUUCUGAAAAUAUUUCUGCAUGUGAAAUCAUUUUUUUUUAACUCAUUGACUCUGAGAAGUAUUAACCUGUCACUGAAUAUGAGUCCACUAUUAUCAUUUUUACACACUGCAUCCUGUGGAGAGUCUGGGUGCUUUAAGUCCGUGUGGUGUGUGAGUGUCCACUUUUACUCCUGCAGCAAACUCAAGUCUUCCUACUUGCACUACUUUUUCUUUUUUUUUUCUUUGGGAGGCAUCCCUGUGAUACCGAGUGGCUUGGAGAGGAGAGGCACACAAAAACUCGCACCUUGCCUUAACCCAUUCAGCAUGCAGCACAUCCUGCUGGAUUUAAUUGGUUGGUUACAGUAUUUUUGCAGUACAGUAUGACCUUCAACUGCAGAGAGCGUGUAAGCCUUAAACCAGUUCAAGCUUUCCAUAACACAUUCGGUAUCUAAUCAGCAGUGAAGCUACAAGCGAGUUUUUUAUGAACAGCGUGUGGACAGGAGGAGUCAAGAUUUUACUAGUUGUUUUGUAGUUUUAAUCUUUAUUAAUGGAGCAUUUGAAGGAUUUUAGCCAACAUUUGCCAGGUGUUUAGCAGCUGGAACAAGGGAACCCGUGGUCAUGAGAUGGGUUGGUGACUUUUAACGAUGGUGUAGGUUCACCUUUAGUUAGCAGCUUGACCUUAAUGUUGCUUUGAAAAAUGUCCAGUUAAUAACAUUCCUUUAUUACAAAGGUUCAGAUAAGUGACUAACAUCACUGAGUGGUGUGAGCAGUUACCUUUUAAUGCUUGUUAUAAAUUCAUGUCUAUAAAUGAGUGAAGUGUUUAUGUUUUGUUUUAUAGUGGUACAUCAUGUUACCACUUUUGACUUGUGCCCCAGACACAAAACCGAUGAGAUUAGAUACAGGAAACACAAACACAUAAUUCUUUGUGACAAAACUAUCUUUUUGUCAUCGAUUUUUUAAAUCACACCAUGUCAUCUGUUUGCUAAUCAGACCAGGGCAAAUAAAAUAAAACUCAAUAAAAGAUUUAAUAUCUAAAGCCCUGUAGCUAGUCUUCUAGAUGAGUCAUGUUUGGGGAGCUAGAGUUGCUGAACAAUGGCUUUUUUAAGUUUAUCAGUUCUUAACAGGAUUUCUUCAAGAAUUUCUUUUCUAAAAUGUUCAUGUGGAUUAUACUAUACUGGAAAUACGACAAUACGUUACAACAAUACAACUAUAUAACAAUAAUUCUCAAAUCUGAGAGGAUAAGACUUUUUACUUAUGAAGUCACAAUAAUUGUGAACCUCCACCUUCUCCCAAAGCCUUAACAGCAAAAUAAAUGUUCCUUAAUAUCCAACACAAUCUGUAUUUGUCAGUAAUAAUGUGCUUAGAAAAACUUUUUCACUAAAAUAAUCAAGACUAGUGAUUCCCUUUUAACUCAUUUUGAGCAGCCUGAGAAAUGUUGGCUAAUUUCCGAAUAUUGUAACAAUUGCUUUAUGAUGGGUUUUGAGUGGAAUUGUAUACGAAAUAUCUGUACAGUAUAUUUGAACGUGUAACGAUGUGUACAUGCUGACUGAUAAUAGAAUGUCGGUUUUGUUUUUCUUGGAAAAGGGGACCUUAAAGUGUAUUGUGGUCUUCUGUUUGUUUGUCCAUGUGUGUUAUUCCAGGUCUCACAUUAGGGAGGAACAUGGGAUGUUUAUAUAGUGGAUGGUAUAUUGAACAUACUUAAAAGUUUGGUAAAGGGGGGAGAAAGAAUUCAUAUUGGUUACAGACACAAGUCUAAUGGUUUAAGCAUGUUAAGAAUUGCACUAAGUAAUCAUUUUAACACAGAGAUGGCAUAUGUGUAAAAAAAAAAAGAAAAAAGAUUUAGAUUUAAAAUGAUUAUAAACAUUUCAUUCUGCUAACUAAUUUAUUCUCAAAUGCUUGAAAAACAUCGUUCAAAAAUAGUCAAGAAAUGGGAAUGUGAGAAUUUCUGUCCACUGAGGUGGGAUGUACGCUUCUAGCAGAAGUUGCCCUUUACUGACUUUACUAAACGCAGUGUUGUGUUUUCUGAUUCUGCUCUGAUUGGGGAGGAUCUGAGUGAGACAAGCUGAUCUGCGAUCUUGAGGCAAUGCUAAGGAACAGCAGGAUCUGGCUCUCUGCUCGACCCCCACUUUGCCAAAUGGUGCACAAUGUAAAAUUCAGAUGACGUGCACAAAAGCUGUAUUGUUCUAACUGCUUGUUUUGGUAUUUAGUUGAGUCCUUGUUUUUCCUCUUUCUCUCUCAAUGAGUGUGGCGACUGAGCAGCUGGCAUGUGGCAUGUUCAGGCCUGUCACUGUUCGGUAGAGAGAUGUAGAGAUGCUCUGCUUGUAGUCAGAGCCAAGCUAGUAAUGUCCAUAUACACAAUACGCACACGCACACACACACGCACACACACACACACACUGACACAUGCACAUAUAAACACACAUAUACAACCUGCAUGCUCCCAGUCUGGGCUUUUUCUAACUCUAACUCUUUAAAACAAUGAGCCAUUUUUGUAGGACGUGAAUUGUUUGGCGUUAGGAUCCAUGUGACUUAAACACUGACACUUCUAGAAGAAUAGCUUUAUUCAGUGACAAGCCACUGUUUUUAUGUUGUCGAGAUGUGAGUGUGUUUCUCCUCUUCAUUACGGGAAACUACGCUUCUGUUCCCGUCCCCGUGGAGAAAUAGGCCGUUUCUGUCUGAAGAAAACUGUUAUCAAUAGGCAAUACAUCAGUUUCCUUGUCUGGUGUAACACUAGCUCUUAGCUUUUACCUGCAGUAUAGUUGUUUGUAACAUUGAAUUAAGGGUUUUUUCUUUUGUUUUGUUUCUUUUUAUAUUUAUGAUUUCAUAUGUAUCUUGUUUUUUAAAGUAAUAAAAUGGAAAAUUUUAAACACUGUCCUCAACUGUUAUUGAAUAUGUAUUAAAAGCUGACCUACACUUCACUCCCAGCUUAGACUCAGUGGAAUUAAGGGCUGGAAUAUGUGCAUAGAAUAAAAUGGAGAUUAUGUUGCUAAAAGAUAAAUGAUAAUGACACCUAUUUGUAAUAAAUAAUGUAAAAAAAAAAUCGUUAAAAUUUAUGGGUUAUUUCAUAAUAUACCAGAUAGCUCAAGCGCCUCACUGCUUCCCCUAUGUUCCACAUGAAAGCUACUUGUUUGGGGAAACAAACAAGGUAACAAGGUUUUUUUGGUAAUACUACAUUCCGAAAUAAAUGUGUGUCUCUGUUUUAACUUCCCUAUUUCCCUAUUUUCAUUUGCCCUGGAAACUAAUUUUAACUAUGGGCCUUCUUUUAAAUUCUUUAAAAAAGGAACAGAAACCAAUAUUUUAUAGACAUGUUUGGACAUGAAUGAUAAUUGAGAAAUUCUUAGAGAAGGUUAAGAAUGAGGUAGUUUCUUACUUAGUUAUAAUACACAGAUGAUGAUUGAUUGUCUCCUAACAGUGGCAUCUGUCCCAAGGGUGGGAAAUAUAUUAUACAGUCAGUUCUCAAAGUUGAUUUGUUGGAAGCAGGAAAAAUGGGCAAGUGUAAGGUUCUGAGUGACUUUGACAAGGGCCAAAUUGAGAUGGCUAGAUGACUGGGUCAGAGCAUCUCCAAAGCAAAAGGUCUUCUGAGGUGUUCCAAGUAGGCAGUAGUUAGAACCUACCAAGGAUCAGCAACAGAACUAGCAACAAGGUCAGGAGUGCCCAAAGAUCAUCGAUGCACCUACGGAGACAAGGGUAGCCCACCUGGUCCAAUCCCACAGAAGAGCUACUACAAAUUGCUGAAAAAGUUAUUGGCCAUGAUAGAAAGGUGCCUAAACAUAUAGUGAAUUACAGCUUGCUGUGUAGCCACAGACUGAUCAGAGUGUCUAUGCUGACCCCUUAUCCAGCACCUAAAGCACCUACAACAGGCAUGUAACCAUCAUAACUGGAGCAUGGAGCAAUGGAAGAAGGUGGUCUGGUCUGAGAAAUCAGGUUUUCUUUUUCAUCAUGUGGAAUGCCAGGUCACUUACCAGGGGAAGAGAAUGGACUAGGAUGCUACAAGCUGGUGGAGGUAGUGUGAUGCACUGGGCAAACCCUGGGUCCCGGCAUUCAUGUCAACGUUGCUUUGAUACAUACAACUUACUUAAUCUUUACUACAGACCUAGUACUCCACUUCAUGGCAACAGUAUUCAUUAAUGGCUUCAUUAGUGUCCUCUUUCAGCAGGUUAAUUAUUCUGGAAUUAUUCAGGAAUGGGUUAAGAACCAUGAAAAGAUGUUCAGGGUGUUGACUUGGCCUCCAAAUUCCCCAGAUCUCAAUCCAGUCUAGCAUCAGUGGGAUGUCUAUCGCAACAUCGCAACUUAUAGGACUUAAAGGAUCUCCUGCUAACAUAGUACCAAAUACCACAGCACACAUUCAUAUGUGUCCAUGCCUGUAAAGGUCAGAGCUGUUUUCAUGGAACAAGGCAGACCUACACAAUAUUAGGCUGGUGGUUUUAAUAUUAUGGCUGAAUGGGAUAUGUACAGUAUGUAUGUAAGGAUGGUUGUGCCAGCAGCCGAUCCAAACAAUGGAGCAAACAAACAAAAUGAGAAUCAUUCAGGAUAUUGUACAAAGCAAAAAUGAUCUCUUAAUAACAGAUUUCCAGAUACAUGCUUUCAGUGGGAGACUGGUAUGUGAUAUGAAUGUAUAUUGAAUAUUUCAUUUGGAGCAUGUGACAUUUUUGCAUGGCAGAAUAAACAGCUUUAUCAGCGUACUGAGUUAAAUGGCUUUAUGACUUUGAACUCACUAAAGAUAUGGAAAUGUGCCACUUUUCUUCUUUGCUUUGGUUUGUUGAUUUGCUUUUUUUUUCUUAAUGUGUGUAAGGGUUGAUUUUUAUCUAGUUAUGUGAAGGAAGAAAAGUACAAUUCCUGAGGUAAAUGCAGACUGAACCUCAAAUAUGAGGGAUAAAAAACAAACCCAAGCUGAAGUGCAUAACAAUGUUGAUUUACAGAGAACACAAAAUGAAAAUAUGAACAUUGUUUUAUUAUAAAAUCCACAGUGUCUUACAAAUAAGUGCAUCUGUAUAAAAUUAUUAUUACCUGAAAUACAAAAAAUCUUUUCUUUGCUUUUUUUAUGAGCUAGCUUUACCAAUGGUAGUGUAAAUAAAGUGCUAUAACCUGAUAUAUUGUUUUCAGUGCAGGCAUCUUUGGUGUUUCUCAUAUUUUAAUGAGAGAACACUUUAGAUUUUACAUGAGUCAGAUCAGUCCCUUAAAGCCAUAAUGAAUUUUCACUGACUGACUCAUCCAACAGAGUCUGUUUUCUUCUCAAACAUACAUGUCCUCAAAACUAGCAGUCUGGAAUAUACUGAUGAGAAAUCUGCCAGUGUCCAUCAGAAAUAAUCUCAGCAGUUCUCAUUAUAGUAGAUGUGCAUCAUACAUAGAGUAUCUGAUCUUUUGGCUUUUGUUCAAGUUCAACUCUUGUGUAUUUUUUGUACAUGUAUGUACAUCUAUAUGUCUAUGUAUCAUCUUCAUCCUCACUGGGGAUGAGGUCCAUGACGUCGUUCUCCGAGCUGAAUUCUUUCUGCAGUUUCUCCAAUUCUCGGAGUUCAGCUUGCAGCCGCUGCAUGUGCAUAGCACGCCGGUUCUUCACAUGCUUCAUCCGGAACGGGUUCAAAUCCCAGAAGGCAAUGCUUGUCAACUUCCUGUGAAGUUAACAUGCAACAGGGUUAAAACUGUUAGAACUGUGGGUAAAAGUUACUUUUCAAGUAUGUUACUUUCUAAUACUGUAUGAUUGAAAACAAGUACAUGAUACAAAAUCUUUCCUGCUGGUUAAAGUCUUGCUCUUAAACAUUCCCACAUUCCCUCUGUGUGUUUGGUUAUUUGAAAUAAAACGACACUUUUGCAAAUCAAA